GCGGGCCUUCGUGGCGCGAGGACGUGCGCUAUGUUGAAAUUUCCGCUACGUAAACGCGCGUGCUCGUUCGUUUACCUCGUGUGAGUGCGUGUAAUAACAGAAAAACUAAUUUCAUCUCGACUGUUCCUCGAUAAUCGGACUGGGUUUAUCCUUCUGCGUGCUGCUGGACUAAUUUUGUUAUCUUUUUUUCUUUAAUUUUCAUUUAGUUUCGCUGGUGUUCUCGAGCUUAGUGGGAAGAGUUGGAGCAAGAUUGGCAAACGUUUCUUCAUUUGGCGACGGGUGUAACGAUGAUUCUUUCCGUCGAAACAAAGAUGGCCGAAAACGUAGUUGAAUUGCUGCCAACAUAGGACGUAGCACACAAAAAGACCAACAACCAAGGUCCAACGAUGGCCAUCUAGUAGCCGAAUCUCCAGUGCACCGCACUCUCAUAAAUACGCGUUGAAGCACCGAUUCACCAGGUUGGAGGGAAACUGCUGCCACGUUGUCACGAAGCUGCAAAGAAACGUAACGGCCGUAGAGACAUCGAGGGUGGCUCGCGUGCCAAGAAGAUGCGACUGUUCGCGUGGCCUGGCAGCGUGACUCGCGGCGGACUCAUAAACGAUGAAUUGGCGGGCAGCGAUGUUGGCUCAGCCGAGAAACGCGGCAGCAGCAGGAGCAGCAGCGGAGGAGGCAGCAGCCACGGCAGCCAGCGAACCGGCAGAUUGGACGCGCGAUCGGGCGAACGGCACACCAUCGGCUGGGCAUGUACGUCAUCUACCCGGCAGACGAGCUGUUGCGUAUCUAUGAGAACCCAGACCGUGAUCCUAGUCCAGUGUUGACCGGAGAUCGUCGGCCGAGUUGUCAGGUGACCGUGAUCGCUGUCAACGAGAGAAACGACCGCCCACUAGCACCAAGUUGGCUGGAUAGCUCGAAGAAGUGGAAAGAAAGGAGAAAGGAACGAGGACAGACACGUAGAAGAAAAGCGAGCCGUAACGAGGCUCCGCGUAGCCACGAGGUCGCGAAGGGUACUCGUCGCGAACAACACGCCAGGACUAUGCAAAACAGUCGCGUUGGCGCCGGCGAGGAUGCCGCCAAUCCUUUCAAGGAUCUCAUACAACCGGGGCUCAGCGAGCCGCUCAAGCAGCACAAUGCCGCCGCGCUCAAGCUCGUGCAGACCGUGUCAGAGUUCGCGCAGGAGCUGGGCGCGGCAAUGGAAAGCCACUCGGCAACCGUACGACGUCUUGUCGACGAGUUUCGCAGCCGAUCCGGAGACACCAGAGUUGAUUCCGGCGGAAUGCGUCGAGUUUGGGAAAGUUUACUGCGCCAGGUGCAAUCAGAUGCAGAAGCUCACUUGGAUCUGGCCGCGGUUCUCCAACAGCAGCUGUCUAGGCCCACCUUGGAGGCCAGCUUCCACCGAAAACUCCAGUCCAGAAAGGUGUUUGCUCAUCGCGAGGCCUACGAGCAGGUGGUGGCGAAGACCGAGGAGAAGCUGCAGCGUGCCCGCGCGGAUUACAAACGCGCCUACGCCUCUCUCUUAAUGAUAGAUGGCGGGAGUGAGCAGGAACUGAAACGCGCCUACUACGAGGCGCACAAUGCGUACGUUCUUCAAUUGAAAGCCACGAAUGCCAUCACGGAACGGUACCAGUCACAGUGCUUGCCUAGUCUGCUCGGUGAAAUAGCGGAAGUAUAUGAGGAGUUAUGUGGAUUGGCUUGCAAAUGCGUGGCUGGAAUAUCGGAGGCAGCCGCAGAGAGGGCUGGGGAUCAGGCGAAACGUUAUCAAGCGGUAGCGAAAGAGGCUCAAGUCAUAACACCGCUAAAUGAUUUGCAAAUUCUGGCACGGAGCCUAUCAGCCACCGCGACCCCAUCGAAGAAGCCCUCCAGGCGUCUGUUCGUGGCGCCAGGUCCGCCAGAACAAAUACCCAUGGAGAGAAUCAGUCAAAUACCGUCGCUGAGGGACGAACUAGCACCGACAGGAACCAGUACUCUGCCCCUGAUGGAGGAUUUACGACGAGAGCACGAUAGCCUAGCUCAAGAGAUCACGCGACUCCAGGACGCCUUGGAUACGUUGAUCCGCAUGCAACGAAAGAGCGCUGAAAGCAAUCUUUACACAAAAGUAGCCGAGCUCCAGGAAGACAUCUCUAUGAAGCGUUUCGAGCUAGGGGAGGCACAACUAUACCUCGCAGCCGUGCAAGCACAGAAGGAGCUGUUCGGGGCUGGAGAAGCCGGCCAACCGGAUGGGGUGAGCAGCCGGAAGAUGUCGAAUGGCUCGACCGGAAGUACCAAGCACAAAUGGUUGAAAGCGUUCAAGAGUUUGAAAACCAGCUCCCCGACGACUCCGCCAUCAACCGACAAAGGGAAACAGGCGAUGUACCAUGCUGUUUCUACAGUCGUCGCCAUGUCUAGGAAAAGUUUGGAGUCCGAGGGAGGUCACUCUUGGCGCGAGUACACUUAUCGAAAAAUCACUCCCUGCGAUGCGUGUGGCCAGGUGUUACGUGGCCAUAGCCGCCAGGGCGUCAGGUGUCGUGGCUGCAAAGCAAACGCUCACACCGACUGCAUCAACCUGGUGCAGCCCGUCAUGUGUCCGAGCCUGGCGCCUAAAAAGAGCGGAGGGAUUCCCCUUCUUCGUCGACAGAAGACUCAGACUCAAGUGGACGACACCGCGGCCGCAGAGUACAACGUGGACGCCAUAUACCAGGUGCUGAAGCAGGCAGGCGAGAUCCGUGGAAACUCGACAAACUCACCACCUACGCCUCCCACAGCAGAUCAUCCUCCAGCACCUUCGUCAGCGAGGGCUUCCUCCCACCCUUGUUCCUCGUCCACCUCUGCGCCGCAUAGUCCACAACGUAGACGCGAGAGACUGAACCUAAGGAUGAAGAGUCUCAGCUUGGAUUCUCCGGAGGGCACCGCUCACGUUCGACAUCGUCCACGUGAUUACUAUACCGGCGGCCAAAGAGAGUCCACGCCACCCAGACAUUCUGACAGUGGAAGCAUCAACAGAUUAUCGCCAUGUAGUCCAGGCCAGGGCCACAGCGUCCACAAGCACAUUAGGGGGGCCAUCAGGAUGUCCAGCAUGGAGCUGCCAGAUGAAAAUGAAAAAUCGUACUCAUCGGCGAGCACCUCUCCUUGCCCCUCGCCGCACACUAACAAUCAGAAUCACGUGAAUCCACCUGGAAAACGUGUUCUACCUCCUAAUAAUUUAUAUGUGGUGCUGUACAACUUCGAGGCGCGACAUCGGGACGAGUUGGACUUGAAAGCUGGCUACAAAGUGACAGUAAUUGAUAAAUCAGAGAAGGACUGGUGGAAAGGGAAGUGUUUGGGAGGCCGAGUGGGUUACUUCCCCAGUGCAUACGUUAUGCGAGUAGAGUCUGGGCAGAAGACGCUUCAGGUCACUCGCAACUUACAAUUAACUGACCAGAUUACCCUACUACGUGACCAGAUCGUGAUUCAGGUUGGCGAGGAGGUAGAUGGCGUAGCGAUGGUUCGUUGCGCCGCGGACGUGAGAUCAGCGGACCACACGGGCAAAGAGGGCGAGGUGCUGUACAGGGAAACUCUGUGCCCCUUGAAGUAUCUUCAGGAGGUGUGA